AUGCAAAUUAUUUGAUCACAGUCUUCACCUAUAAUGGAUUUAUCAGUUCUUGGAACCUAGUUGUGAAAACCAUAGUAUAUAUUAUAUUAUAAUGUUAGGCCUAGGGUCAUUUCUCGGCGACGUAGAAACCUAUAUAAUGUUAAAUGUAGCUAUUAUCCAAUUUUUAAACCGUUCCCUCGACCACUAAUGAUUUCACGGUGAUUCGACAGAUAAGAUAAUAUUGUAGUGUUAUAAGAUAUUCUAUAUCAAAAGUAAUAUAAAUAUUCAUUAUCACACCCUGUAGAUUAGAGAAAUGCGGGAGAAAGCCUUUCAGGACUGGACAAACGUGCCUACAACAAAAACAAAUAUCCGCAAACCUAGGUGACGGUCGUUCGUAAUUUGCGUUGACCCGUUUCUAGUUGAAGGUUGUUUUAACCACACGACGACCUCUAUAAAACGCUUCCUUUAUUGUUAGAGAACCAAAUUUGUUACCCUUGCAGAUUAUAGUAACUAAACAUAAAUUUUGUGCACCGUGACGAGUUACCAGUGAAAGUGUAAGAAGAUGGCCUUUUUGUCCGGAGAUCAAGCAUUAGAUGCCAAGAUACAAGAAUGGCUCGAGUGGGAUAGGAAUGACAGAACAAGAAAUGAAAUACAACAACUUGUUGAUUCAAAGAAUGUGACAGAACUUCACACGCGACUAAUGAGCAGGAUAGAAUUUGGCACGGCGGGAAUGCGAUCUCGAAUGGCAGCUGGAAAUUCCAUGAUGAACGACCUGACAAUUAUUCAAGCUACACAAGGUCUGACAAAAUAUUUACUCGAUACGUGUCCAAAUGCCAAAUCGAUGGGUGUUGUCAUUGGGUAUGAUGCAAGACACAACAGCAAACGAUGGAGUGAGCUGACAUCAACCGUUCUCGUGAGUCAAGGAAUACCAGUGUAUGUUUUCUCCCGAGUUUGCCCAACUCCAUACGUUCCAUUCGGUGUAACGCAUUAUGGCACAGCUUGCGGCAUUAUGAUUACUGCCUCCCACAAUCCAAAAGAAGACAAUGGCUACAAAGUUUAUUGGUCAAAUGGGGCUCAAAUCAUCCCACCUGUUGAUAAAGGCAUCUCCAAAGGGAUUAGGGAAAAUUUAAAACCAUGGGAUAAUUCUUGGAACACCGACCUCCUAACCUCUAACCUAUGUAAAGAUCCUUAUUCCGAAAUCUACCAGAAAUAUAAUGAGUGUAUUAGAGAUUUAACGACAAGUAAAGACAUUAAUAAAGAUUCACCCUUAUUUACCUACACAGCAAUGCAUGGCGUUGGCUACCAUUACAUCCAAGAAGCAUUUCGCGUUAGUGGUUUUAGGGAGUUAAUUGCUGUAAAAGAGCAGGUGGAGCCAGAUCCAGAAUUUCCCACUGUUAAGUACCCAAACCCUGAGGAAGGAAAGGGUGCUCUAUUAUUGUCCAUGCAGACUGCUGAUAAAAACAACAGUAAAGUUAUACUUGCCAACGACCCAGACGCUGAUCGAUUGGCCAUUGCGGAGAAAUUACCAAAUGGUGAGUGGAAAAUAUUUACUGGUAAUGAAAUUGGAGCUUUACUUGGUUGUUGGUGCUGGGAAACAUUUAGACAACAACACCCGGAAGUUCCAGCCUCAGAUGUUUAUAUGCUGGCUAGUACCGUAUCUUCAAAAAUAUUGCAAUCCAUAGGCAGUGUCGAAGGAUUUAACUUUGUAGAAACAUUGACAGGCUUUAAAUGGAUGGGCAAUAAAUCUGUUCAACUGAUGAAAGAAGGCAAAACUGUUCUUUUUGCUUUCGAAGAGGCAAUCGGAUUUAUGGUUGGUACCAAGGUGCUAGAUAAGGAUGGAAUAUCGGCGGCGGUGACAGCUGCAGAACUUGUGUUUCAGUUGCAUAGAAGCGGGUCAUCUCUAAAUCAACAGUUGGAAAGAAUCUACGAAAAAUACGGACACCACCUUUCGAAUAAUUCAUAUUUUAUAUGCCACGAUAAAAACGUUAUAGAAUCUAUGUUUGAUCAUCUGCGGAACUUUAAUGGCCAGGGCAAAUAUCCAACGUCUUGUGGUCCGUACAAAAUACGACAUGUUCGUGAUUUGACGGGCGCUGGUUUCGACAGUAGCAAACCUGGUAACAUACCAGAAUUACCAACUAGCAGCAGUCAAAUGAUAACAUUUACAUUUGAGAACGGCUGUGUCUCCACCCUACGUACCAGUGGCACAGAGCCCAAAAUCAAAUAUUAUACAGAACACUGUCCUGAUAAGAGUACAGGAAUGGAUAGAGACGAGGCUUUGCGAGAACUUAAUGAUAUCGUAGAUAACAUCAUCACACAUUUCUUCCAACCUGAAAAACGCGGAUUGCAACCCCGUGCAGAUUAAGGGUCAUUUCUUGAUUUAUCUCAAUUUGUCGUUUCCAUCUCGAUCGGCGAUGGUUUAUUAAGUAUAUUCGUGGCCGAAAAUCCACCAUUGUUUGAUUGAUACUGAAGUAAUCGUGGUGGCCUUUUGCAAGCCUAGACAUAUGAAAUAUAUCUCGCUAUUAAAACCGUGAUUUAUCAUAUUGUCUCACAACACCGACCGUUGGCCGGAGCUAAUCAAUGUCAGCCUAAACUUUUGACGCACACGGUUUUGUAUCACCGACAAAUGAUCCCAGGUGUACGCUGAAAAUGUAUUGCAAAUUGUUAUAACUGCGAUAAUAAUAGCAAGUAUUAUAAUCGGCGUGGUUCCGAGAAUAAGUCACACUUUAGUACUUUAUUAGUGUAGCAUAAAAAUAGUUCUAGUCUUGUCUAUUAUAUAUAUAUAUAUAUAGUAAUUGUUAUCUCAGUAGAAUUUAGAAAAUAUUAAUUUGGUUACUGACCCACCAGGGAUUAACAUGCCGGAUUAAAUUGUCGGACGUGUUUCUGCAUUUAUUUUCACUCGCUAAUCAUAUGUAUCAAAUAAUUAUUAGAUGAACGGCCACGUGAUUAUUAAUCUGUUUCUUUUAUUGUCCCCGCCUCUCGAAGAAAGCAGGGGACUAUUAAAAUGGUUCUGUUCGCCCGUCUGUCUGUCACACUUCUUAGUACAGUUACUCUCCUUUUGAGCUAGAAUGUUCAGACUCGUAUAAGUGUUUAUUAGGCGAAUGUCUUGAUGGAGUUCGAAGAUGAGCAGAGAUAAGCUUAAGCUAAGCAGAGAUAAGCAAUUUGAUUGGUUGAUGCUUUGGAACACGAUAACUUUGGAUCUAAUUUUUUCAAUGACAUUUAGUAAUCGAACUGGAAAAUACAGAUCACAAUUCUAUGGAAUACAAUUACUGCUUAUUACUGAGCAACGUUUCGACUAGGCUUCUCUAGUCAUUAUCAAGCCAUGAUAAAAUAUAACAAGACAAUAUAUACGUGUACACAACAAUACUUGGUUAAUGCUGACCAACUAGAUAUACCCUUCUAAUCACCUUCAAGGGAAUCUAACUUAAUUAUUAUAGAUUAUAAUUAUAGAGUACAUCACCCCAAUCUGUUUCACAGAGGAUUACGAAAGUCUUCUAGCGAAUAUUCUGCUGAUUAGUGUGAUAUAGCCCUUAGAGUAGCCUAGUCGAAACGUCGCUCAGUAAUUGUAUUCCAUAGUAUUGUGACCAGUAUAUAACUUUGGUUAUAAUUAAGUGAGAGUGAUGAAACUCAGUGUAUAUGUUCAUUCCAUCAGUACCUUGGCCAAGUUCGAUAAUGAGCAUUUUCUGUUAAAAGCAGAGCGAUAAGAAAUUUGAUUGGUCGAGACUUUGGGACUCGAUAACUCUCCAUCUAAUUGAGGUUGAAUGUUUAAACUUGGUGUAAGUGUUUGUUAGGUAAAUGCCUUGAUGGAGUUCGAAGGUGAGCAUUUUCUGCUUAGGCUUAGCAGAGCUAAGCAAUUUUAUUGGUUCAAACAUUGGGGCACGAUUAAUUUGGUUCUAAUCGAGUGAGAGUACUGAAACUUGGUGUAUAGUUUCAUUACAUCAAUUCCUUGACUAAGUUCGAUAAUGAGCAUUUUACUCCUCAGGAUAAGCAGAGCGAUAAGCAAUUUGAUUGGUCGAGACUUUGGAGCUAGAUAACAUUGAUUAUUAAGUGAGAGUGGUGAAAUCUUGCGUGUAGAUUUAUUACCUUGAUUAAGCUCGAUGCGAACACUUUCUGCUUAGGUUAAGUAGAGACUUCAAUCUGAUUGGUCGAGACUAUAGAACACAAUACCGUUCUUAAUUGAGGUAGAAUUUUCAAACUUUGGGCCUCUACUAGGUGAAUGCCCAAAGCAGAGAUCAGCAAUUUGAUUGGUUGAGACUUUGGUUCUAAUAGGGCGAGAGUGAUGGAGCUCUGAGUAUAGAUUUGUUAUAUCACGAUGAGAAUGUUUUGCUUAAUCCAUUUAAAAACAUGUCUUCUAUUCAUUUAAUUCAUUAAACAUACAAUAUGCAAGAGCUAAAUCUGUAUAUUGCAGGUCUUUCUUUAGGCCUGAAAUGUUAUCUAAAUUAUUAAUUAGACAUUAAUUAACCUAUCCAGACCAUAAUCAACUCUAGAUGGCAUCGCUAGCCUGCGAUCUUUAAUGGAUUGUGAGCCGAUUUACUGCAUAACUUUCCUUCACGACUUAACGAUUAAAUGGAUAAUCCAGACUAUGCUGUUUAUCGUACUGGCUUUAGUAAUGAUGAUCAACGCUAGGCGGAAAUUCAAUCGAUUUGUUCUCGGUUCAUAGUGAAUCAAUUUGAAUGAAAUUUUCAGCAAAUUGCCUUUACAUUAUCUAGUUUUUAACUAUUUUUGUGAGAAUUCCCAACUCGUUAUUGAUUCUCCCAUAAUGUAUCUUUAAAUAUUGGCUUAUAUGUGUUUCUUUUUUUUCUUUUUUUUUUGUAUUGAAAUAAUAAUCGUCAUAUUCGUCAUUGAUUUUUUAUUCGCUAAUUUGUGUUUCUUUUAUUUUGUAUGAAAAUAAUAAUCGUCACAUUCAUCAUUGAUUUUUUAUCUCUUGUUUUGUUUAAUUAAGACAUAUUUUACUAUAAAGUAUUCAUUGAUUUCUAUUUUGUAUUUAUGUUUCUUCAUUCACCCAAUUCCAUAAAAUACUACUACUUGUUGCAAUUUAACCACAACUUUCAACUUUUCCCGUUCUUUUUUUCAUUUGCUGUUUGGAGCCCCGGUGGCUAAGUGGGUAAGAUGUUGGCUAGCUAGCUUGGAGGUCGCGUGUUCGAUCCCUGCAUUGGCCGAAAAAGUUCAUCGGGACUUCCCAACUAGUCAUUGGUGCAGGACGGAGGGCCUUACUAGGACAGCUAUCUAGUCGUUCGGAUGGGACGAAAAACCGAGGUCGCGUGUGUAAUUAGUGUGCACGCAAAAGAUCUAUUGGCAGUUGGAAUUCGAUAUAAGAGUACACCAUCGUGCCGCUGCCCGGGAAACAUUUCCCUCAUAACACACUGUAUGGCGUAUGCCCGUCUUCAUUAACCCAGUUGUAGCAGUGUUAAGCCCCAUUUCAUUUCCUUGGCUGAUGUAAGUGUUCAGUAUGGUGGACCAUGUUUGCCAUAGCAAAUACAUUUAAUUUUAAUAUUAUUUGCUGUGAAAUUAUUAGAAUUUUUAUACGCCACAUACUUAUGUGGACGUAUAAACUUGAAAUAUAGGUUUAUCUCCAAAAGAUCUCGGUUCCUUUCGAUAUUGGCAUGUAUCUGAUCGAAACUUCAUGGAUUAUGGUCCCUGAUUGUACGAAAAAUCGCGCUUUUAGCUUGUAGACACUCUAAAAGUCACAAUUUUCAUCUGAUUUUGAUGAAACUUGAAAUGAAUAUUUAUAACCCAAAGAUCUCGGUUCCUUACGAAAUCGGGUCGUAACUUCCUGAAUUAUGACCCUUAAUUGUACAAAAAAUCGCGUAUGUCGCUUCUGGUCCCUCUAGGGGUAACAAUAAUUAUCCGAUUUAAAAAGAAAACGUUUGAAUAUAUCACCGUUACACCCUAAUGAUGGUUGAAUUCGAAUUUCGUGAAAAUUGGACCAAAACUGCUGGACAAAAUGGACGCUCUUCGUUCGCAAAUACAUGUAGCGUAAAUAUAUGAUAUAUCAAGGUUGUAGAUCCUCUAGAGGCCACAAUUUUGAUGAAACUUAAAAUACAUGUUUAUAACUCGACAGAUCUUGGUCCCUUCCGAUAUUCGCGCAUAUCGGAUGGUAACUUUCUGAAUUAUUGCCCUUUAUUGUACGAAAAUUCGCGUUUUUAGCUUGGGGUCCGAUUUAAAAAAAACAAAAAAAACCGUCUGAAUAUAUCACCUUUAGCUUGUUUUAUCUGAUUUAAAAAACCGUUUGAAUACAUCACUGUUACACGCUAAUGAUGGUUGAGUUUGAAUUUUGAGAAAAUCGGACCAAAACUGCCUGACAAAAUGGCCACCCCUUGUACGCAAAUAGUGUAAAAGUAUGUAAUACCGAGGUUGUGGACUCUCUAGAAGUCACAUUUUUAUCCGAUUUUGAUAUCUUUAUGUCUCAAAUAUCUCCUGGAUUAUGGCCCCUGAUUGUACCAAAAAACGUUUUUUUUUUUAAACUUGUUCUCUAUCCAUCUCUUGCAAAGUGUGGGCGUAUCUUGCCUGGCAACCGCUGGUUCAAAUUAUUUUCAAUUCUCUUUGUCUUUAUUAAGCUUUCAUAUUAAGCCCCCAAGUUAGCGUUGUCUCAGAAAUGAGACGGCCAUACAUUUAUACCAUGCGGUGUACUAGGAGGGGGCUUUUCCCCAUUACAAUGACUGCCAACUGCCGAUGGUUCUUUUACGUGCACGCUAACGUGUAGGCACAGGGCCUCGGUUUGUCGUACUGUAUGAACGACUAGAUACCGUUUCUUGGCAGGCCCGCGUCCUGUAUCACUGACAAGGAGAAACCGCAGUGGAAAAUCUCAUCGUACGUUCUCGGGAGACAUUGGGUUCGAAUACUAGACCACCUGGUACAAGUGGGCUAGCACUUAGUGGGUGUGGAAGGUGGAGGCCAGGAAAGUUCGAUAUAGCCUUAUCACUGUUAAAAAAUAAAUGUAAAAUUACAGUGAAAAAUAUGUAAUUUUUUUAAAAUAACGCUGUAAAAAUACCACUGCAUGUUUUUAUACUAUAAAUUUACUGUAUUAGUGAGGUCACGUGGAAUUACUGUAAAUAAUUGGUAAAUUAACAAUAAAGUGUAUUUUUACAAGUUAUAA